AUGGCGGCCAAGGGAAAUGUCUUUGAUCAGUACAAGUGCAUCGAGGUGUAUGAUGCACUGGAUAGCGGCCAGUAUGGCGUUGCUGUGAACAAAGCGGACGCACUUCUAGCAUCUGGCCCAUUUCCUCUUGCACGUGCGCUCAAGACGGUGGCUCUGUUUCGCCAGCACCGUCACGACGAGGCGGAACGCGAGGUAGACCAACUGCUGGGGGGUAGUGUCGAUCUGAAUGUUCUCUCACCGCUAGGCUUCGUGUUGCCACGUAUGGGGAAAGCCAAGCAACUCGCUGAUCUAUACAUGGCCGCAAGUCAGGCACAUCCACAGGACGAGGAACUCGCUGAUGGCGCACUCCUUGUUCUUAUCAAGGCCGGCAUGUUUCAACGUGCCCUUCAGCUCAUCUUGAAGCGCUUUCGCACAUCCAAAGAUCCACGCGACUUUUGGCGUUAUGUUCAAGUGGCAGUCUUGCACGCUCAACACGUCAAGCCACCGAGCUCGAAGCUCACACUCGAUGUUGCGCUGCGUCUCAUCAAGGAGCAAAAGCUCAAUGAGCAUAGCUUCACGCCGGAAACACUUUCUCUAUACCUGCACUUUUUCUCAAUCCUCGAUCACACCCAGCUACGCGAAGCUCUGGACCUGCUCACCAAGCCGCCCAUUCAGGAUAUGGUCGACAAAAACCUUGGCAUCCAGUUCCAAGUACGGGAGUGCUGGAAAGCUCUCGAAGACCAGGAUAGCCUCUUAAACGACUGCCGCACACGCAUUCAGAGCGGCGAUCGAAACUGGGCGGUCAUCUCGCAAUUCGUCUCAUCGAGUGUUGCUAGGGGCUCCCUUGCGGAGGAAGAUGUUACACUCUUGCUGCAUGCGGCGGCACAGGAUGAGUGGAGAGAUCGCGGAUCGUUUCUUGGUGUACUGGAACUGUGCCGCUUGGCACUUGAUGCCAAACAGUCUUUACCGGAUGGCGUGGACUAUGCAAAGCUCGUCACAAACUAUGUUGAGCGCUUUGCGUCCAAACUCACCUGUUUUGACGAUAUACGUCCGCAUCUUGCAGUGCUCCACAAGACCCCUGACGUACCUCAUCAGCCUCUCACAUCUGAGACAAGUAUUACACAGCGCAUCAAUGCAGAAAAAAUAGCCUUGUUUUUCGAGCAAGGUGCCUCUGCUGAUGACUUAUUGCAAGCGUACAUCGAGUCACUCGAGCAUGUGCAUGAGCCGUCUACUGAAAUGCAGCCUGGCGAUGACCUGGCUUUACUAGCUGCCUAUGUGACUCUUGGCAAGUCCUCCAGCGUUGAAAACUUGAUACAGGCGGCAGCUAUCGCAUCAUAUGCAUGUGAAAAAAGUGUGAGGGCGUACAAGCUUCGUCUUUUGCUAAUCCGCCUCCUUCUCCGCCUAGGAUGCCUAAAGCUCGCUGUAUACCAUUUUGAUGCGCUUGAGCUCAAGGCGGUCCAACUCGACACUAUGCCCCACUAUUUGCUCGACCGCAAUGCCUCGUUCGGCGGCUCUCAUGCCGCUGACGUUGGUAACCAUUGGGAGGGCGGCAUCAAGGACUUUUACGAGCUCAGUGCUUUCGAAGUCCCAGAGGCUUUGGGUCGUGCAUUCCUAAAUGGCAAGUUCUCACAAGUUUCGGAUUUGUGUGAUUUUUAUGACUGCGUCGAGGGUUCAUAUGCUCGGCUCAUACUGCUCGUCGAUAUGCUCUGCAGUAAGUUCGUGACCCAGGACUUGGUGGAUUCGGAACGUGAUCAUGCUGUGAAACUACUUCAAUACAUUUUCGAUAUGAUUCAAGCUGAUCGUUUAAGUGAUCAGCGCGAUACUCACUUGCUACCCUGGAUCAACGAGACGCAAAAGACGCACCUCGAGUCUGUUUUGUCAUGUGGCCCUCUGCGAAAGAAACAGUGGCUCAAAGCUAUGCUCGAGAUUCUUUCUGUUGCCUUACCUACACCCUCGGCUCCAACAGAUAUUUCAUCGGAUGUACUCACCGGCCCAGAAGGCGCCUUGCUUGACUUAGCACGUGCCCUAAGAGAAGGCACAAAUUUGGCUGCCCCCUCGUUCUUCGAGCAAAUGCAUACAUAUGCAAGUCAGGCAACAGCUCCUUUCGAAAUGCUUCAUGCUGCAUGGACAGGUAUCAUGGGUUUACGUUUGUUGGAAGCUGUAGGCGAAGGCACGAAUAAGGAUAUCAAGGACCUGCUAGGACCUGUUGCAGGUUCCGCCCUUUCGAAUAUUCACGACUUACUUAUCAAGGAAAUGGACAAAAACAUCCAUGUGAACCUCACUGAACGCCUAGGCGCGUCUGGCUUAGCUUUUAUUCAAGACGUGGAUUCUGGCCGGAAGGACGCACUAAAGGACGCCCUUCGUCCCUACCAGGCUGUCCUCCGCACCAUAGCUUGA